AUGCCAAAAUACGACCUAAAGUCGCAAAUCUCUCGCAUAACUACACCCAAGUUCAAGGCAAAGAUUCUAGAACUGUACCGAGAACAUAAGGAGCAUGGCGAAAAUUCUGGCGCAAAACAACUAGAAAUUCUGCCCUUUCAUCCUGAAGACAUAGUGUUCACGCCGGAUGCAGCUGGCUAUUUGCCUCUAGUGGCUACCAGUUCCUGGCUAGACAUUUGCUCAGAGGAUGAUAAGUUCGCAAAACUUUCAGAGAAGGUUCUACUUCAAGAAAUUUCGUUUGCUUCAUUUUGUGGGGUGCGAAAUGUUCUUAUCUGGGGACCGCAAUCGGAUAUUGCCGAUAGUUUGCAUACUCGGUUCAUAGAAGUGAUCCAGAAGGCACUUAAAAUUGACCCCUCAGUCGAGAUUUCCGUGGUGGUGUCCAUGAAUAAACAUGAACAAUGGAGAUCAUGGAAAAGAUGGGAUUAUCUUCGAUCUGAGUCUGUGAUGAUUGACGAGUAUCUCCCGAAUUUGUCCGUCCAGAUAAGAUGGGCAUCGGAACCCAUUCGUUUUGUUCUCUUUGAUAAGGAAGUUUUCAAAUACGAUGACGAAAGAAGUCUCUACCUCGAAGAAAUCCAAGAAACGUUCGUAGCUGAUUUGCUGCGCCGAAGAAAUUGUCCCGACAUUGUGGUAGGCCUCCCACUCGGUAACAAAAGCAGUACAGCGUGCCAUUGCAAGGACAUUCUCACAUCACAAGGCACUGAAUCAACUGAAAUAUUGAGCAAGGUACUUGAACCGUUUUCUGAAUAUUUCACUCGUCUUCGCUCAUGCCUAGAACCUUUCAACAUUGUCGAGGAGUACGCAAUGGACUAUCAAUAUGACGAUAGUCUCCAGGAAACUAGCCGACCUGCUACCGAAAUAUUGAAAAAUUCCACAUAUUCAGCAUUUGAAGAAGACCCAGUUAAGUAUGAUCUAUACCAAAAAGCCAUCAUGGCAGCGUUGCGAGAUUGGAAGCUCAGCGGUAAGAGUACAUCAGGCCUCCACGGUGCAGUUUUAGUUGCAGUCCUUGGAGCCGGUCGAGGUCCUCUUGUCACACGUGCGCUUCGGGCGAGUGAAGCAGAAGGUGUCUCUAUUGAUAUCUGGGCUGUGGAGAGAAAUCCGAACACCAUUUGCCUUCUUCAUCAACAAAAUGAAAACGAAUGGCAGAGCAGGGUCAGCAUCGUUCAUUCUGAUGUCCGACUUUGGAACGGUCCAACUGUGCUACAACAAGGAGAAAGUCGUACGAAGAAGGCAACGUCGAUCGACAUUAUGGUAUCGGAGAUGUUAGGUGACUUCGGAGAUAACGAGCUAGCUCCUGAAUGCCUCGAUGGCGCGCUUCAUCUCCUGGCGCCAUGGGGUCUUUCAAUUCCGUCGUCAUUUACCACAUUCAUCACUCCAGUCUUUAGUCCAGCCCUGUAUAGUAAGGUCCUAGCCCGGAAACAGGUCGGAGAACCCACUGCUUUUGAAAUACCAUAUUGGACUUGGUUUCGGAGUGUAGAUUAUCUCUCAAUAGGCAAAGGGUCUGGCGUAGCCGGUAGCCAGAAUGGCUAUCGGUCUACUUUGACAAGCGAUAACAGAAGAGCAAUAGGUCGACUCCAACGUCCGAUACCAAAGGUUCUGCCUGUCUGGACAUUCUCGCAUGAUCCAAAAUCACGACCAAAUAAUUCCUCGCUUAACUCCCACAACUCACGAUACGGCGAAAUUCUCUUCGACAUUGGGAACGCAGGGACCUGCCAUGGUCUUGCUGGAUACUUUGAGUGUAUACUUUAUCCUGGAAUCGAAUUGAGCACAAAUCCAAAUACCAUGGAUGAGAAAAGCCCCAACAUGACGAGUUGGCUCACUAUGUACUUCCCACUGAAGGAACCAUUGUCUCUCUAUGAGAGGUCCAAAUUGAAAGUCUCUAUGGCCCGAAAGACAGACAGCGAGAAGGUAUGGUAUGAAUGGAUCCUCGAAAACAUACCGUCCACAGACUGCUGGACUAAUCAAGUCGCCCACCAAGAAAAGUUAGCUACAACGGGUAUCCACAGCAGUUACAGGGUUGCAUACAGCAUUUGGAGAGAUGAGGGAACCAGCAUGAAUUUCACGUGCAAGUAACAGAAAUAGAGGGAGAGUGCUUUGGAGCUUUGACAUUGGAGCAGACUCAGGAUGGAGUAUAAAGAUAGAAUAGAUGGUAAUUCAUUCAGCUCACCCUACUCUCGUUUACCCCGAAGAGCAAAAUAAAAUCCUCAGUAUCUGUAUGAAUUUAGCAAGGCAUAAAAUAAUUGAAGAAAUGGAAAGACCGAAGUUGAA